AUGUCAACAGCCACAGCUGAAGCUCAGGCAGCAACUCUCGCCAAGUUCAUUGAGGGAUGGAAAACCUUCACCCCCGAGUCCUGGACGGAGACCUGGACCGACGACUGCACGCAGAACUUCCUGCCUUUUACCAUGGGUGUUCCUCCACGCACAAAACCCGAGGUCCUCAAGCUUUUGCCCAGUCUCUUGGGUGUUUUACUCAACUAUAAGUUGGACAUAUAUUCAAUCCUUCAUGACGCAUCCAAGAACAAAGCCGCCAUUUACGCAACAUCUUUUGCGGAUACACCAUUUGGUGAUUUCAAGUGGACCAACGAAUAUGCAGUUUUCCUUACGUUCAGCGAAGAUGGAACGCAGGUCAGCAAGUUGGAGGAGAUGGUCGAUACUGCCUUUUACAAGGAGUUCUUCCCCAAAUUUCAACAGUAUAUGGCGGAGAAGGGAGCAAAUAUUGCAGCCCAUUAG